AGGGAGUUCCAGAGGAGAGGGGGAGGCUCUGGAGGUGAGCGAGGGAGGAGGAGGUGACGAGGGAACCAGAGAGGAAGAUGCCUUGGGAGGAGCGGGCGAUGUGGGCAAUAUCUGCGGAUGAGGUUGGUGAUGUAGCCGGGGGGGGGGUUGUGGAUGGCUUUGUAAGGUGUGGUUAGUAUUCUGAAUUUUAUACAUUGGGUUAGUGGAAGCCAAUGAAGGGAUUGGCAGAGAGGGGUGGAGGGAUUGGCAGAGAGGGGUGGAGGAACUGAAUGGAGGCCAGUGGAGGGAUUGGCAGAGAGGGGUGGAGGACACUGAAUGGAGGCCAGUGGAGGGAUUGGCAGAGAGGGGUGGAGGACACUGAAUGGAGGCCAGUGGAGGGAUUGGCAGAGAGGGGGUGGAGGACACUGAGUGGAGGCCAGUGGAGGGAUUGGCAGAGAGGGGUGGAGGACACUGAGUGGAGGCCAGUGGAGGGAUUGGCAGAGGGGGGGUGGAGGACACUGAGCGGAGGUCAGUGG